AUGCAUCCGGUCGAUUUCAAUACUCGAGGAUAUUUUGCCAGAAAGCCACACGUUCAAGCCUUAUUUGCAGCCUGUGCAAUGACGACUGCCUUCAUCAUUAAUAGAUAUCAAGCUUCUGCACAAGGAGGAGCCUUUGAAAAUCAUGUCCCAACAGCAGAGAUGUGGAGUUGGUAUGACAAGCACUGUGCACGACAAGGUGAAAAUCAAGAUAUUGUCAUGAAGGAUCAUUCUGUGAAUAUUCCACACAUGAUGGGUCGAUUUGACCACAGACAAGACGACCAAAGUGCAAAUCCUUUCAAUGCAUCAAAGAAGUAA